AUAGUUUGGCAAGCAUUUAACAAUGUCAGAGAUCACUUAUAGUUUGCAAUAAUUUCUUUUCAUUCACAACCAUAAUUUAAUUUUUUGUAGAUUUAAAGAACAAAUGUGGAACAGCGGAGUGACAAAUGGCUGGUGUAUUUUCGCAUUUUCUUUAAAAAUAAGAAUGCUAGACAUUUCCCUCAAAAUGGAGUGACUCGGACAGCCAUUUGUCCAAGAAAUUCUCCUCAGCAGGAUGUAGAAAUUGACAGUGAUGUUCCCCCCACCUCCCAAUAUUUUGUUACUGGUUAAGAGUUCUGAUAUGGUACAAAGAAUAAUUUACCCAAACAUCUAAUUUAAUUCAUAAUUUACUCACCCUCAUGCCAUCUUCCUUUCUUCCUUAUCGUCUAACAAAAUCUGAGUAAUUUUAAAAACAAUAUCUGGGCUCUUCAUAUUGUUGUAAUGGCGCUCUAAAAAGCGCACCCAUCCAUCCAUAAAAGUCAUGCACAGGAUUCCAGGGGGUUCAUGUCUUCUGAAGUGAAAAAAAAAACAUAUUGAACAUAAAAGUGUUAUAUUUUCUUUAACCGGGAUGCAAAAUCAUUCAUUACAUUUUAUUAUGGUAAGUUAUGGUUGACAUAAAUAAUAAACAGCUUUACCAGUCACUUUAUCUAUUUAUCCCAGACUCUAACUCUCUGUGUUCUGUAUUAUACUUUAUGCUACUCUGAGGUUUUCUGUAUGUAAUGCCCUGUCUAGUCAAGCUCAGUCUAACCACUAGAUGACGCCUUUUCACAAACCCAGCAAAUCUUCUCUGUUUGCCUUGCUUGUCGUCAGACAUACAGGCAAGAGACCUUCUGGUAAGUACUGUCAGUGUGCCUCUCUUUAAUGUUCAUCACCACAGCAAUUUUCCAGUGAUGUGUAUAAGUUUGUAGUUGUAUGUCACAGCGACAUCUACUGUAAGUACAGUACAGAGUCAUCUGGGAGGAAAGCAGGAGGACCAUGUUUCAUCACUUCUUACUUCAUGCAGCAUUUCAGACCAGCAGGUGGCUUCCAAGAGACCAGAGGUUGAAAUUUCAGAUCGUUCUUUUCAUCUUUGUGGUGCUUUUCCUGGCACCACAGUUUUACGUCUUGUGCAGGGCAAAGUCUUCACGCUAUUGUGAAAAGCCACUGUUAAACAAUUUAGUAGUCUUCAUUGUGUUCUCCUUCAUAGCAACAGGUUUGGCCGUAGCUCUCACCCUCACAGAUCCAGUUCCCAAGAUUAUCAGGGUGGCGUAUCACUCAUUCGGUUUGUUCUCAUUUACCUGCGGCCUCUGUACGGCCAUUCUUACCCUGACUGCACCUCAAUGUGCGAACACCACCCCAGAAUUGUAUAUAUUUUCUUUGGUGGUCUCUUGGGCUUGCAUACUCUCAACAGCUUUCUUUCUGAUCAGAGGAGGUAUUUUCCUGAUCCACAGAUUAUUUCCUCAUUGGUUAUAGGAUACUUGCCUCCGGGGUGGAAUAUGAGUCAGUCUGUCUGUAUGGCAUUCUGCUGACACUGAAUACAGCUUGUCUGAAAGUUGUUUGGCAAGAAAUUGGGCGCUACCAGUGUCAUGCCCAAACGGCUUCUCCAGCACCACCCUCAGCCAAGCAUCCGGUGCAGGGCGAC